ACAGCCUCGACUCGCUCAUUCAGAGCAGUGCAAGACACAGAGACAGACACACACUUUCCCUCUUUCUGUCUUUCUAUCCGUUCACACACACUUACACAUGCUCAUGCACGGCAACUUUCCUCUACCGGACUGACACAGCACACACGUUGGGGGCAGACACACUCCUAAUCUACAGCUGAGAAGAGGAUAAGGAGUGACAGAUCCGAAAAAAAAAGAAAAACAGAAAAAGACAUUCCCAGUUGAAGAGGACGGCUGUGCUGACAUUCCUCCCAUCCCAAGAUGGCAAACCUUGUGACAUCGCUGUGCUGUGUAGUUCUGGCUGCAGUGGUGGUAGUCUACGCUCAGAAACGCACUCAGCUCGCUGGAAGGGAGCAGUACCAGGAGAUAGGUAGAGAUGUCACCAUGCAGUGUGGCAAACUGGAAAAUAACACAACGGUGUCAUGGAAAGUGAACGGGACAGAUGUGAUGGCACAGCACCGUUUGGAAGGUCCAAGACUUAUCCUGAGCAAAGUGAACUUGCACCACAAUGGACGCUACAGCUGCUUUGAAGAACCAGCAGGAGAAAAACGUGACUACAUCUCACUGUACGUCGGCUUACCACCUAGUAAACCAAUAGUCAACUGCCGUUCCAACAACUACCCUAAAAGCUUCUACUGCAGCUGGCAUGUGCUUGAAACACAUAUCCCCACUUUUUUUGAAGUAGAUGUACAGCACAACCAGCAGACACUGGACGUGAACCGAGAUCCUGUCCAUAAGAAUCGCUGUCGUGUUGAGUUUCCAGAGGUCUUCUCAACCUCACCUUACAAAGUGAACGUGACAGCAUUCAACGCUCUUGGAAAAGCUUUCACUACGCACUCCUUUGAAGAGUUCAGCAUAGUAAAACCAGAUCCACCAGAGGGAGUGACUGCAAAGCCAAUCCGCUCCAACCCCAGGAGGCUGGAGGUCUCCUGGCGCAGCCCCUCUACCUGGCCUGACAUAGAAAGCUUCCCCCUGAAGUACUUCCUUCGAUACAGACCGGUGAUCCAAGAGCAGUGGCAGCAUCAGGUGGAGCUUUCAGACAGCACUUCUCACAUUAUUACAGAUGCAUUAGCUGGGAAGGAGUAUGUCAUCCAGGUCGCUGCUAAGGACACAGAGAUUGGGACAUGGAGUGACUGGAGUGUUCCUUUCCACGCUACACCCUGGAUUGACGAUCCUCUGCCAAUCACCCCCACGACUGAGGUCGACACUCCAACUGAGACCAGAACCUCUCCCAUCCCAUCCUCCAACGCACCACAGAAGGCUGAACCUCCAGUGGGCAGAGCUGCCAGGGUCUUUACGUUUUUCUCUCCUUUACUUUUAGGAAUGCUGUUGCUGUUCAUAUGAUGUAAAUGUUGGAUUUCUAAGAAGAAAAAAAGAAGAAGAGGAUAAGGAGAAGGCUGAUGUUGUUGUUUUUUUCGUUUGUUUUUUUUAUUUUAUUUUGCACAUGUUUCCAGAACAGUGCAUUGAUCUUUUUUUUUAUCCAUAGCAGUUACUCACCACGAUUACCUAGAAAUGAAGUCAGAUGGCGAUGACUCAAUGCACCGUUGAAGUCCUUCAUGAGAUCUUUCACAAAUGGCAUCAUCAUCAUCAUUAUUGUGGCUUACAAAAGCAACAGCAGGAAUAACUCUACAGAACCACAACAACUUUUAAGUAACUGUGUUUUAUAUUUUGGUUUUUUAAGCUCCUCCUUAGAGGAAGAAAACGGAUUCCCAAUUAAAAAAACAACUCACAGUGUUUUUUUGCCCACUAUUUUUCUUUUUACCUAAACUGUAAAGUCAAACACACUUACACAUAUAGCCUGCAGAAGCCCUCCACCCCCUUAACUCAAUCAUCAAGCCAAAGACUUAUCUGCACCCACAACAUAAAGGCUCCAAAGCAGUUUUGCUGAGAUUCAUGGAGCCCGUGCCUGCCUUCAACAUGAGUUGAAGUUUGUAUGUGCAGUGCGACCCAUCCGACCUGGUCAGCGGUGAAUGGCGCCCUCCAACUCUACGUUGGAAUAAAACUGAGGGAACCCUGCAGCUCCUGUUGGUGGAAAUGCACCAUUCUACAAAGACGAUUAUGGAUCAGACUCUUGACGCCUCAGAAUCCCUCUUACGACGGAGCAGCUGUUUCUCAUCCCGAGGACUAACCAACAGAAGACCAAGAAGACCAUAAACUUUAUAUUGUGCUUGUAUUGUUUGGCAAGAAGGACCUGAAUUGUAAACAACAUUUUAAAACAAGAAAAAAAGAAAAAGAAAAUAAAGUGGAUCUCAGACUGAACACUUUUUCUCCCCACCCCUUUUGUUUAUGAUUAUAUGUGGAUGGUAACAAGUUUGGUUAUUGCAACACUGAUAGGAGGUACAGUGUAUUUGAUUUUUUUUUCUUUUUUCUUUUGCUCUGUGGUUUGAAAUAACCCAACUCUGUUGCCAAAAUCUUGAGACCUUUACAAAGAUUAGUUUUGUCUUUUUGCAGUUUUUCUUUCAUUCAGUAGCCAAUAUCAUCAGUUAAUAUCAUGUUAUAUAUAUGGAAUAUUGAUGUGCUUAAAUUUCCUUUUUUUCUUUUGAAAUAAUAAUAAUGAUUAAAAAAAGAUGCAUAUAGGGCUUUACUUUUUCAGGCAUUUAUAACAGCUUAAUUCUCCCUGAUCCUAUUUUGUAAACUAUGAUAUGUAACUUUAACAUUGAACAAAAGUUUAUUAUUUAAUUAUGAUAAUAUUGUAUGUAUUAGCUGUAGAAUGUCGUAACCUGCGGUCUUUUUUAUAGAUGUAUAUACAAUGACAGGUUUCAACAAUUAAAUGUGACCAUUUCACAAUGAUUUCUGACAAACGGGGAUCUUUCUCAUUCCAAAACAGUUCAAUUCAGAGGGCGGUCUGCGGAGGUAUUCAAGGAGAGAGAAAAGGGAAUUUUUAAGAACGAUCCACAGUUUUUUUUCUUUUUGUGCAGAAAAAAGUCAAAAUGAGCUUCACUGCUAUAAAACUCAAACUGAUAGCUGCUGCCAAUCUGGAGCCAGGUUGAUAUCAUGACUACAUAUCUUGUGUGCCUCACUCAGUUUUAGAAUAACCCUCUAAACUUUAACCACACAUAACUUCUUGUCAAACAUUUGCAAGGCCUAUGCUCCAGUUUAGGCCCUAUUUGGGAGUGAUCAAGACAUUCUGAAGGAAAAAGAGGAAAUGUUUUCUUCAAAAUUGAUCCAAAACUGAUUUGACAGAUGUGUCAGAAAAACAAUUUUGCGAGGCAUUGUUUACAUUUGUGGAAAAGAUCUUUGAGAUCUGGUGCAUCAGUGCAAAAGGGUGCAUUCUCUUAAAAAGCUCAAGCUCAACUUUAUACAAAUAAAUUUAA